AUGAAUUCGCAUGUGUCUUUGCAAAAGUUCUUUUCGGCCGAAGCUCAAACUGCAUUGGCUGCAUUUGAACGGCUUCUCACCAGUAUGAGUUCGCAUGUGCCUUUGCAAGUGUUCUUUUCGACCGAAGCUCGAAUUGCAGUGACUGCAUCUGAACAGCUUCUCAUCAGUAUGAAUUCUUUUGUGUCGUUGCAAAUGUCGCUUCUGGCCGAAGCUCAAAUUGCAGAGGUUGCAUCUGAACAGCUUCUCACUAGUAUGAAUUCGCAUGUGUCUUUGCGAGAGUUCUUUCCGGCCGAAGCUCAAACUGCAGUGGUCGCAUUUGAACAGCUUCUCACCAGCAUGAAUUCGCAUGUGUCUUUCCAAGUGCUCUUUCCGUCCGAAGCUCGAAUUGCAGUGACUGCAUUUGAACAGCUUCUCACCAGUAUGAGUUCGCUCGUGUCUUUGCAAGUGUUGUUUCCUACCGAAGCUCGAACUGCAGUUACCGCAUUUGAACGGCUUCUCAUCGGUAUGAAUUCUGCAGUGCUUCCGUCUCCGCCUCGUUGUGAAUUUUAUGGUAUUUCGCUAUCGGAACCGCAAAAGAAAGAAAUAAUGUGUGCUCUUGAGGAUUUCUAUAGCGAUAAUACGGGGAAGCUGGUGUUAUACGAUUGGAUUGAGUAUGUGAAGAAUUAUUUACGCUUUUACGCCGGAAUGAGGCUUAGAGAUGAAAAAACUGAGGAAGGACCAUCUGUUGUUACUACACCUGUUCAUAGUGCUGCCUUACUAUCGAAUAAAUUAGUACGCCGUCCAAAGAUCACUCUGUAUAAGCCGGUAGUGGACAGAACAAGCCAACUGCAAGUAUAUCUCGCCAAAGUUUUCAAUGAAGAAGAGGUAUUUUUGGCGUUCAGUAAAUUGAAAAGGAAGUACUUAACACAAGAAACAACAACAUUUAAAACUUAUGCUUGGUUGACUGAGGAAUUUGUUAGAGGCCGAUGGAUCACUCAAAGCAACUGUAAGGAUGAUGGUGAAAAAGGCGCUGCUGCUAAGUUGCUAAAAUUAAUGGAACUGGUAAAAGCGAAGAAUUUAUUAGUCUUCGUUGCUCGUCGCUUCUACAUUGGUGUAGGUUUUGGCUCAGCACGUCGAACUGUUCUUGAUGUUGCGCUUGAGGCUCUGGAAGAAAAUGGCUUUUACGGCCGGGGACCAGCAUUUCAGGAAUUUUGGCUUUCCUACAAAAAUGAAUGUGAUUCCGAGGCGAUUAAUUCCCAAUUGGAAAAAACUGAAAAAAACGUUGCUUUUUGA